AUGACCACGCCCCAUCAAGUUCUCGUCGAUCAAGUAGAUUUUGAUUUCCAAUUUGUAUCAUCGUGCCUCGUUUUUCUGCUCACCCAUCGUUUCUCAAACCCGCUACUCAUGGCUCCAGGCUACCGAUCGCCGUUCGACCAUGCUCCCUCGCCCAAGCCCAUCCACAUCGCAGAUGGCGCGCUCCCCAUCCUUGCCAUCCUCCUCUGCGUAUCCAUCAUCCUUUGCCUUGCGCUCUUCACCUUUUGCGUCGCCGCCGCAAAGCACAGCCAGUAUCUCCAACCAAAAGACGACAACUCCGUACCAGCGCCGGAGAUGGCCUUUGACCAGUCCUCCGUUCCAAAAUACCUCGCCGUGCACUCUAGCGAGGAUUCUCAGAGAGGAAAUGUGCAGCAGCCGCUGCUCCCAACAGAAACAUACAAUAGUUCACCAGGGGAGGAUGUCGAGACGGCAAUACGGCGAGCUGAGAAUGUGUAUAAGGGCUCGAUCAGCUGGCAUGGGAUCAACACGCUGAACACAUCCUGGGGGUGGAUGGCUUAG